CACAACCAAUAUGGCCGCUUCCUUGGUAUGCGGUAAAACACAAUACAGGGUGAGUUCUGUCCUAAAUAGAGAUGUGAAGCAAUUUGGGAAGAAGUUCAUGUUUGACAGCAACGAGGAGACAUGCUGGAACUCAGACCAGGGUGACUGUCAGUGGUUGAUUUUCGAUUUCCCCCAGUCGGUUAGAGUGUCCGAGUUAAAAGUUCAGUUCCAGGGAGGCUUCUCGGCCAAAACAUGCAGGAUGGAAGGUUGUUCAGUAGAUGAAGAUUUCAAAGUGAUCAGUCAUUUUUACCCAGAAGACAACAACUCCCUUCAGUGCUUUCCCAUACAGGAGGUGGCCGCCGUGGACAGAGUAAAAAUAACGUUUGAGAACAGCGCCGACUUUUUCGGUAGAAUUAUUGUUUAUAUUUUGGACGUCCUGGGGGAGAAAGCCACAUGACCCAGAGGAAAUAUGCAGGACAUCAGAUCUGCUGGAUGUAUGUGCUACAACUUCGUAAAUGGAUAGGAAUACAAGGAAUUGUUUUUUGGUUUUUUUUGGGGGGGGGGGGGCAUGGAGUAUGAAUGGGCACUGCAAAUGUGCUGCUGAUUCACUCUCAGAAGACCAUGACAUCAUUUGGGGUUUACAACCACAAAGUCCUGGCAUGGAAGCAGGAGUCCAGAACAUUCAAAUGUGGGGCCUUCAAUACCCUUUCAGCUAAUUAAACCAUAACAAUUGGUUGAUUUAUAUUUCUCCUAAAGCUGGAAUUACACUUCAAAUUUAAUGCCUGUAUCUAAUUUUUUUGGAUUGUCUAUUUUGUUGUUGUUUAUUUCAAAUCACGCAUAUCUCAUGACACUCAUUAAAUAAUGCCCAAAUUGAACAUAAACAACACAGAUCUGAAGAUAUCCAAUUCCAUGCGGUGUUUUUU